AUGAUGACUUCACUGCUUGUUUUAUACAGGUCAAAGGCGAAGCCAACGUCAUGCUUAUUCUUCGUAACACAUAUUUCAUCAUGCUUAUUCAUACUCUCUGCACGUUUUCAGUACAAGUAGCGUUUAGCAGAAGCUGUAGGUGGAAUCAGCUGACUAUCUCGAGCACUAAAGGAGUUGAAUGUUUUCCCUGUCCCAAAUGUCCCGAGGGUCAGGGCAUGGUCCCGCAGUGUGGAUCACGUGUCACCACUAAUGUCACAGUGGAGUGUGUAGAAUGUACACCUGGGAAAUCGUACUCGGAUAAGCAUGAUAUCUCCUCGUGUAAGCCGUGCACUAUCUGUGACCCUAACGAAGAAACGAUCAGACCUUGUACUGCUACGGAGAAUGCUGUUUGUGGAGAAUGCAAUGCUGGCUUCUAUCGAGCUAUAACCGGAGAUUGCAAACCUUGUAUGAGAUGUUGUGCUGACAGGAAAGACGAAGAUAUAGAGAAACAGUGCAGUGUUCAGUCCAACCUCCCUGCAAACCAGGUAUGUCGAUACGAUGUCAACACCAUCAAAUGCGCGCCUACUGUUUACAGGACAACUGCGCCUGCUGUGUUGGUAUCCACGGCUCCUGCAAUCGCACAUGACAAGAUGGCCUACCGCUCUGAGGACAGAGGCAGUGCUAGUACUAUUUGGUUUAUAGCCGUUGUGGCUUGUGUUGCUUUUACUGUGUGUGUUUUCUUUGGAGUGAUGUUAUUUGUCUGCUACAGAAAGCAAUUUUUGUCACAGUAUUUGUGCAACACAAGAGCGCAUGCCGACGGAGACUUCGUGACUUCAACUCCAACCCAAGUUGUAUGUAAUCAGCCUUCAAGUCCUCCGAUUGUGACUGGGAAUGACUCUCCUAAAUUGCAAAUGGUAUGACCUCCGUAACUUUCAUAGCCAAGUGAACAGGAGGGAUACCUACAGACACUACGCCUGCAUGGCAUUGCGGCCCACGUAGCCUUUUUUGGUUAAUGUUCUGAUUAUAAAGAACUACUGACAUUUACCCAAGUCAACAUUAUUAACAAAGACGAUGCAGCCCAGAGGAUAAAUAAUGACCGGCUCCUGACGAAAAACCUGACUGAAACCCAUGGAUAAAAUGCUAACAUAUCUUAACUUAACGUUAUAUUUAACAAGAUAAGGAAAAUUAGUGAUUUGGAUUAGACCACAGCAUUAGCUCAUAUUUAUUUUCUAAUCUUAUGUUAGUUACGUUAGUGAGCUAUUUGCAAAUGCGACGAAAUUUGGCACCGAGCUCCUCUUUAAGGUGUAAACAAGGCGGGAAGGAGGGCUCCCUCGAGAUCCUUUUUCACUCGUCAGGACUCAGAAUUACAUAAUUUAUAGUAGCCUUGAUAGCACAUGAGAUACAUUGUGGAUCAGAUAUGGGAGGCUACGAUCGGCGACAAAAUUUUUGCCACAUCACCAGUGGGACCACAUUCAUAGUCUGGAAGAGCUCAUCAAUUACAUCCCUUAUAUGGUCCUGUAUCCUUAUUUUUUACAUCCCUCUUUCUCCAGUUUUUCAAUAUUGCACUUUGUUUCCUUUGAUUGUGCAACGUUGAAUGGAAGAAGAGGGUAUUAAAGAGAACUGUCGUUAAUUUA